AUGUACAAACUAUUUAUUUAUUUAUUACUUACCGUUUUGUUGGCUUUAACAGCCACCACUAGUCAAGCACAACAACCAAGCGAUGGUCAACUCUACUCUGCAUUUGAGAAUUGGAUGCAACUCUACGAAAUUUCAAUCCCUGCUGAUCAAUUACAACAGAAAUUUCAAAUCUUUAAGGAAAAUAUAAUUAAAAUAGCAGAAUUAAAUUCAAAUCAUUCAGAUGAUGUAGUUGAUAUUGAAUUGGUGUAUCCAGAGGAAUCAGCAACACAGUCUAGAUCAUUGUUGGCAAUUGAAGAGGCUGAACCAACCAUUUCAUAUCCAUCGAUGGACCAACCGACCUACUCUGUCAAUGAAUUUAGUCAAAUGACGACCGAAGAGUUCUUGUCAAUGAACACUGGUUUCGAUGGAACCGAGUUUGUUGCACCAGCUGCCACUCUUGCCGUCUCGACCAUUGCCGCCAUAGCAGCCGGUUCUGCAUUCUUGGCAGGUACCGCUGUAGCCACCACCGUCAUUGUCAAGAAACACUUGAAUAAAAAGAAAACAGAACCAGUGGUCGAGGAAAAAGAAAUUGAAAUGGAAGAACAAGUACCCAAAGAAAGAAGAAAGACAUUGAUUGAUAUCUUUAGAUUCCAUCCAAAGAAUAGUCAUCAAUCUAUUACUGCCAGAACUCCAUCUUCUACUAGUUCCUAA